AUGACUCGAAAACUCAAACGUUUCGGCGAAGUCCUGAAUGUAGAGAGUUUCGUGGCUCGUUAUGGCUCUAAGCUUGGCCGUAAAGAUUUAAAAAUUCCAAGCGAAAUAAUAGGUGCAACGACCAUGGAUCAGUACUCAAAUUACCUGAAGAAGUACAACUGCUUUGUUUUGCUAAGAUUGCAAAGCCGUCAGUUUCAGGUGACUGACCGCGAUUUGUUCUGGAAGCCAUUUUGCGAUGAGGUUCAUGCGCUGUAUCGCGAGCCUGCCAAACCAAUAGACUGGAGAUUUACUACAGCGCCAUCACCAAUCUUUUUCAGAACCCCACUCAACAUUCCACUUUUAAAUAAACUGCUGGGCACUAGCCUACGUGAUGCCCCGGACCUUUUUUGCUCCUUCCAGCAUUUUUCGUCGUUAGAUUCCGCUACUGCGCUAUGCAAGUAUAUAGAGCUUGCAGGAAGUACUAACAUCGGUCCGACUUUCGAACCUGUCGUUGUGGGAGUUAACCUAGCUGACCCGGAGUCAGUUGCGAUAUCUCAUAUUCAACCACUGCUGGAAGAGUCUUCACAAAUGUACCAAGAUUUUAAUUACGAAAAGCUUCUGGAGAUCGCCAAGCGUACCCAUCUCAAGGGCUCUGACCCUAUCAAAACGCAGGUAAAAAAAUUACUAGAGACGCUAGCUGAGAGCAAGCUUUCCGUGCCAUGUCUCACCAAGCGCCAUCAAUGGCUUCUGUUCACCUCUGGCUCCCGCCUCGAAAGCACGUGA